ACAUGUCUCUCCCCAAGCGAAUCAUCAAGGAGACAGAACGGCUCGUAGCGGAUCCCGCGCCUGGAAUCACUGCGUCGCCGCAUGACGACAACCUCCGAUACUUCGAUGUCACGAUCCAAGGACCCGAUGGGAGCCCCUUCCAGAAUGGAGUGUUUAGGUUGGAGCUGUUCCUGCCAGAAGAAUACCCCAUGAGCCCUCCGAAGGUUCGCUUCCUGACCAAGAUCUACCACCCUAAUAUCGACAAGCUUGGCCGUAUCUGUCUGGAUAUCCUGAAAGACAAGUGGUCGCCCGCGCUCCAGAUCCGCACCGUCCUGCUCUCCGUCCAGGCGCUCCUCAGCGCACCGAACCCGGACGACCCCCUCGCGACGGACGUCGCGAAGCACUACAAGGAGAACGAGGUCGACGCGCAGCGCGUCAGCCGCGAGUGGACCGAGAAGUACGCCAACGCCUAGCGACCGCGUGCAUAGCCGGGGCUGCGGCCGCGCGGGGUGGUUUGCGAGCGGUUGCAUUGACGAAUCACGAGAUCACGAGAGUACUGUGUGAAGCAGCGCCUAGAAGUCUUGGAAUGGUGGAAUGUACGUUGUUGGCUUGUUGUGUUAUCAUCUCAUUUCGACUUGC